AUGGCGUUAUUCACCAAACUAGAGGAAAAAACGCAAAUGUGUACAUAUUUAUAUUUCGAAUUAUAUGGAAGUAUAUUCCAUAAAUUAGAGUUUAAGAAUACGUGGAUAUAUACCGUAGAACAAGAGAAUGUAGUAUUAACGUGCGGAUUAGACAAAAAAACAGAAACUAUAGAACUAGUAGGUGCAGGGUUAUUAUCGAUCGAAGAACAACGUAAAGGGUAUGCAAGUCAAAAUAAAUUGCAACCAGUUACAUCAGUUCAAAAUUCAAAGUUGAUAGAUAUAAUACCGGAAACAAAAAUAUUUACGGAGGAACGAAAUUUAGAAUAG